AUGACGUGUGGGUCUCCAGACAAGAGAGAGAACACUACUUUGAGCACCACAGACACUAACACGGGGUCCACUGUCACCUACACCUGCCCAACUGACUCUCUUCUUGUGGGGAACUCGACGAGAACCUGCCUGAAAAGUGGCUUGUGGAGCGGGUCUGCGCCUACUUGCAAAUCCUUGUCAUCACUCUCCAGGACUUGUGUCUCUCUGUGUGCCCUGCGGUGUACCUUCUCUAACUCUUACUGUCCUGCCUCUUGCUCGCAAUAUCUGGAGAGAGUGAGAGGGUUUGUGGGAGAGAGGGAGUGUGGACGCCGCUGGACCCUCCCACCUGCCUGUACUCGUGGUGUCCUCCCCUCACCCCCGCCUCCUCACGGAAGGGUAAUUUCAAGAGGCCAGAGAUCAGGUGACACAGCAGAAUACACCUGUGAAGAGGGAUACCUGCUGACAGGAGCAAAGACUGUGUCCUGUCAGCUUGGCGGUGCAUGGAGUGAUGAAGCUGCUGAGUGCAAGUUUAUCGACUGUGGCUUGCCUCCCGACCUUCCUAACGGCAGGAUAACUCUACUGAACCACACAACACACCUCGGUUCGCUGGCCAAGUACUCCUGUGACCCAAACCACUGGCUGGACGGGCCUGAACAGAGACAAUGUGGGGUGGACGCAGCGUGGAGCCAAGAGGAGCCAGCAUGUGUCUUGGUGACCUGCGCAAAGCCUACACUUCCUGCUGAUGGGUACGUUACAGGCUAUAGUUUUGACGUGGGGGCGGAAGUCAUCUACCACUGCAAUGAAGGAUACCGGCUGGAAACAGGUCAGGAUGGCUCACCACAACCUUCCAGUGGGCAUGAGAGGACGAGAUCUAUGAAAAGGACGUGUCAGAUCUCAGGACUUUGGUCAGGGAAUGUGCCCUCGUGUGUUUACACAGAUUGCGGCCACGUUCCUGCCCCCCUGAAGGGUAGUCGUGACUAUCUAAAUGGUACCACCUAUUUGGAUAGUCAAGUGAACUAUUCCUGUACUUCUAACUAUCGGAUAGUCGGCCAGCAGAUCAGAGAGUGCCAGGAGGAUAGUCAGUGGAGUGGAGAGGCGCCGCUGUGUCAAGAAAUCCGGUGCGGGCCGCCUUCAGAAAAAUCUGGAGGUGCCAAAGUUCUUGGGAUUUCUGGCAGUGACCGGCGCCUCACCUCCACAUUUGCAAGGCGAAGGGAACAUCUGGCCAUGGAGGAGUCAUACAGGAUCGGAAGUGUGGCGAGUUACGGGUGUGGCAAGGGAUACGCCAUUCUGCAGAGUCCAACACGCAAAUGCACAGAAAACGGAACUUGGGCUGGCCAUGAGCCUGCGUGUGUCUAUGUGGAUUGUGGGCUACCGGACAAAAUAGUCAAUGGCUACUAUCGACUGCUCAGUAAUACUACUUAUUUUGGCUCCCAGGUAUCGUACCAGUGUGCUCCUGACUAUCGGUUGGAUGGUCGAAUACGUCGCCACUGCCUCGCAAAUAGUACCUGGAGCGGACUAUCGCCCACCUGUGUUGAGAUUAGGUGUCCCGACCUGACUUCUGACCUCACCCCGGCACUCGAGGUCACCCCAGCUGGGCCAGUUAGGAGCGGGGUCACUGCUACUUACUCCUGUGAAACUGGAAGAAAAAUUGUUGGGAACCCGUUUCGAUCUUGUUCAACGACUGGCAACUGGAACGGAACACGCCCACGCUGCGAAUGGGUGUCUUGUCAAAUGCCCAAGGAAAUGAAGAAUGGCCGGAGUGUGCCUGUGAACGAGACACUGAAUUACAAGACAGUCAUAGAAGUUUUGUGUUUCCCGCCCUUCAAGUUGCUGGGCGAUUUCAGACGAGUGUGUCAAGAAAACGGUGAAUGGAGCGGUGAGGAGCCUCGCUGUGUGGGCGAGGACGAUGACAGCAUCUACACUAUCCUGGAUGGCAAUAGUAUAGACAACCAGGCCUCUGCUACUACUACUACUACUGCUGCUACUACCACUGCUACCAACACUGGCCUCUAUGUUGGCCUGGUGUUUGGGUUAAUUUUGUGUCUAAUGUUUGUGGCAACACUGUUCUUCCUUAGACGAAGACAGAGAAGAGGAGGGGGGAAGGUGCAGCCUGGAGGAGGAGGAGGAGGAGGGGGUGACAGGCCGCCCCUGCCUCCACCUAAUGACAUGAAAUCUGAGGUCAACCAUUCCAUGACCUAUUCCAGCAUUACUGACCCUACUACUGGAAAUGACAUCUACGAGAAUAUAGAUGAAGAAGAUGCAGAAGAAGAAGAGAGAAGAAUAAGAGGAGGAUUAGGAGGAGGAGGAGGAGAAGAAGAGAACAGCUAUUACAACUACAACAACAACAUUCACAACAACAACUACAACCAUUACAGUAACAUAACUAACACUACUACUACUACUCCUACUACUACUACUACCACUUCUACUACUACUCCUACUAUCAGCCACCACUCCCAGCCUUUCUAUCGGCCAAAUAGUUCGGUUCUUAAUUCAAGGAGGCCGACAUUACCGCCCCCUCAGCCACCGACUAUCCCUCCGUCAGCUGUAGUAACUAUCAACGGUGUGACUGUUGAUAGUUCAGGGUAGUAGAAGAAGUAGUAGUAGUAGUAGUAGUAGUGGUGGUAGUUAGCUCAGUUAGUAGUAGUAGUAGUAGCAGUAGUAGUAGAGGUAGAGGUGGUGAUUAUGUUAGGUUAGGUCAGUAGUAACAGUAGUAGUAGCAGUAGUAGUAGUAGUAGUAGUAGUAGUAGUAGUAGUAGUAAUAGUAGUAGUAGUAGUAGAAUCGAGUCUCUCUCUCUCUCUCUCUCUCUCUCUCUCUCUCUCUCUCUCUCUCUCUCUCUCUCUCUCUCUCUC